UUAUUACAAGGAGUAGUAACGGAACGGAACGCUAUAACUCUGAUGAAUACUACUGAAAUACUUUUGGUGGAAAGUUUGAUGCAUUCUUCUUGCAGUCUAUGAGAAAAUGAUCUGUUAGAUUUGAAUUCGUUGCCAGCUACGGUUGAGUAAAUAUUCAUAUGGAUAUACUUGGAUUAAUUUUCGUUGCAUUAGGUGGUACCAAUUCUAUGCUGUUUUGAUUGCUUUAUGCUUUAGAAUUUUGAACUUCAUUACUCUGUCUCCGAGUUUUAGAAUUUGAGAAAAUUGAUGCUUAUUGUGAUUCAUUUUUCUCCUAGUCUAUUUUACUUUCUUAAUUGGAACGUUUAAAAAGUGAAACACUCUUUCUUCGGAAAUAGUUAUCAGAUAGUUGAUUUCAAAUUUAAAUUGGAAUCUUUGCAGGUUGUUAGACAGCGACGAUCAAAGAGCUUCUUCAUUUCCGAUUACCGGCAAAUGAGUUCAGGCAAGCCAUCCAAGGCUAGCACUUCUCUGACAACGUUUUGUAGGUCCACUAUGGUUUCGGCUUCAGCCUCAUCUUCAUCUUGUGUGUCCACUGAUAGUGGCAUUACCAGCGCGCAAAGUCUCGCGGCUGAUAGAGUAAUUCGCGGGAAGAGAAACAGUCAGUUGACUAAGGAGUUGAACCCGAAAGCACCACCUUACCUGCGCCGCCGAGCGGAAGCCAUCUUGAGGGUGUUGUCUCAUGGUUCCAUUUCUGAAAUUAGGAUUCGCCAGCUGAUAGGCAAUAGCCCUGACACUAGCAAAGCCUUAAGAAUGUUGCUGAGGCAAGGAAAGGUAAAGAGAUCAGGAGCAGGGGGUUCCUCAGAUCCCUAUACUUACGUGGUUAAUUUAGCAAGUAAGCAUGAUGCAUUAAUUUUUAUUUUAUCUAAUUAUAAGUCUAAACUUGAAAUACUUUUUCUAGUUCUUUUUCUUUUGGCUGUAGAUUUGUACCACGUGGUCUUCCUCUGGCUCAAUUUUUAUAUGAUUUUAUUUUAA